AUGACUUCUCCCCAAGAACGCGUGGAGUGUCCCGGCAAUGCCUCCAACAUUGGCCAAGUCGAGGAUGUGGGCGGCCACCAACUCAAAGAACAUCCUGUGUUGCCUACGCAACACACUGAAGAUGACGAAUCUAACUACAACUAUCUGCAAGGUUUGCCGUUUUGGCUGGUUACUACCUCGCUUGCCGUGAUGGUUUUCAUGGUGAAUCUUGAAAUACCGGUGGUGACCACCUCACUUGUCACAAUUUCUGAUGAGCUGGGGGGCUUUGACAAGUCCAGCUGGGUCAUAUCUGGUUAUCUAUUAGGUUAUGUCGCUGUGAUAGUUAUCUUUGCGAAGCUGAGUGAUAUAUUUGGACGCAAGCCGAUCUACCUGCUUUCAAUGUCAUUUUUCAUCGUAUUCUCAGCUGCAUGCAGCGCUGCACAGACGAUGACACAGCUGUAG